AUGACCACGAGUUCCCUCCUCAACCAGCCAGAAGGCUCCAUAUUUAGGAGUAUAUAUGGAAGCACUCCUAAAUUGACCACUACAAACUAUCAUGAAUGGUGUGCAGCCAUAAAGCUGAUGUUACAAGCAGAGGAUGCUUUGAAUAUAACCUUGGGAAGUGAAGAAUUACCUUGUGCUGGACGCGCCGCGGCGAUGUCGGAUUAUCGAAAACGGUCUGGCAUUGCUGCUGCUAUGCUAAGUAGCUCUUGCACAAAUGGAGUUAAGCACUAUAUCAGCCAAAUGACGAACCCAAUGGAGAUAUGGUUGGAACCGUUGACAGAGACGAAUAGUGCCAACACAGGUAUCGGACAUGUCACACUGAAGAGACAAUUCAAUACUCUCAAACCAGAAAACAAUGACAUUCAUACCUCCUACAUCUCCAAGCUACUGAGCCUCUGUAAACAGCUGUUGAACACCGAACGGCCCAUUACCGAUGACGAUCUUAUCGAUAAAAUUCUCAGCACUUUACCUCCACACUAUGAUAGUGUUGUGGAUCUCAUUACACACAAGACACAAGGUGUAGAACUUACAAUUGACUAUGUUCUUGAUACACUAAAGAAUUGGUCAGUUGUAAACCCAACUUCAAGAAACAAAACCAUCAUCACCAUCAACGAGGACGCGGCGGUCAUCGACGAUUCAACAAUGGAAACAGAUCUCAAACCUGCACAAUAA